AAGCAAGAGUAAAAAAUACGGCAGUAAACAUUAUUGUUUUCUCCAUUGUGAAUUGGGGAAUUAGGGUUUGCGAUUGAAAUUUGAAAUGGCUAUGGCGUCGUCUUCAAGUUCCGCAGAAGAACAACACCUUCCAUGGAAGAGAGCUUCCGGUCAAGUUUAUGUCUAAUCCUGAUAUCUGGAACGACGAUGAUUUUCUCCCUAAAGGCGCUUCACCUCAGCAUCGCGAUGCUUUUAUCCAAAUUUAUCAGCGAUACUUCCGUCAGCUUGCCAAUUCCGAUGGUUUUGACAUUGACAAAUAUCCGGGUGAUGCUAAGGCAGCAGCAUGUAUACCAUAUUUGGAUUUUGAGAAAGAAGUUGAGAUGCUGAUGGAGCUGGCUAACCAUGCCAUUGAGCGGGAUUACAACAACAGGGAAACCAGUGUUUACAAGUACAAAGUUUUGUACAUUGAAAAAGUUAACUUCUUUUUUUCUGAGUAUCGUGAGUUUUUUAUGAUGGUCAAAGUUAGGAAUGAGACUCUGGAGGGAGCCGUUGAAACUUUUCAAAUCCAUGCAUAUAAAGGACCACAUGGAGAGAAUAUUGUCCGGCUUUGCAGGAAAAGAAUGGUGAUAUGAGUUGGUUUAUUUGCUAAGCUCGUGCCUGCUGGACUUGGCGUUCUUACUCUUGAACUAGAACUGUUUAUAUUGACUGACCUCUAUAUUAGUGGUACAAGUAUUUGGUAGAUUUCAGUUGCCUAAAUUAUGUACUUAUUACGUAUUACUCUUUAGUUGUUUGGGCUGUUAAAAGUACAAUUUUCACUUAAAUGUGGAACGUUUUAAUCAAGAAUUACUUAGUG